UGGUGCCGUUUUCGGAGGAUGUCGCGCGGCUGGGGGGGCUGAUUAAGGAGUUGUUCCAGGAUGUGAGUCCUCUUUAUGUUUUUGGCCCUCCUUUUUUUGACACACACUCUCACUUUUCACUUGUGCUACCGACCAAUUACAAAACACGUCGACGACAAUAAUAAAAAAAAUUACAAUCAGCUUCCUGAUGACCCACUUUCCCCUCUGUGCAAUUUCAUGCUCUCUUCGCCGACAGGUACAAAGGGCGGUGAGCCGGCGUCCGAUAAGGCAGGAGUCGUUUCACAUGCUCCUGUUGUGGCGCCGAGUGCGAAAUCGGCGUUGGAGGUGCUCCAGUUGUUGGAGAGCGGGAGAAUCUGAUCCAUGUGGCUGGGAUAAUGUCACUCUGUUGAGUUAUGCCUUUCCGAUGGCCUCUCCCUCAUUUCAAUCGUUUAGCAAAAACAGAUGGGCCGGAACCAUCCUGAG